AUGCCUAUGGUAAAGCGAAGAGGUCCCUGGUCCUCGUCCGAGGACCAGAGACUUGUCACCUUCAUCAAGGAUGAUCCCACUCUAAACUGGGUGAACAUCUCGAUGCAGGUUGAGAGCCGGACGCCAAAGCAAUGCCGCGAGCGUUACCACCAGAACCUCAAGAAGUCGCUGAACCACAGCCCGAUCACCACCGCCGAGGGUGCACAGAUCAAUGCUUUUGUGCAGAAGCACGGCAAGCGGUGGGCUGACAUUGCCCGUCAGCUCAACGGCCGCAGUGACAACGCUGUCAAGAACUGGUGGAACGGCAACCAAAACCGCAUCAAGCGUGCUGAGCAACGGCGGAGAGCCACGGUCGACCCGUCUGCCCCCGGCGUUGGAAGUGCCAUGUCCAGUCCCGCCAGCACACAUGCACUCCCGCAGCCAUGCCCGCAGCCAUGCCCGCAGCUGCAGCUGCCACCCUUCGAUCGUCCAACAACACACCGGCGGAACGUCAGCGGCACCAUUCAGGACCUGGCCGAUGCUGCCACUCUGCACAGACGGGACUACUACCACCAGUCGCAACCGUCACAGGCGUAUGGUAGCGUCUACGCUGCUCGUGGCCGGGAGUCCUCUCCUCGGGAGCGUGAGCAUGUACCCUACUACCAGUCAGAGCACCGUGUUCGUGAGCCACAGUUUGCACACUACGCUCCGGCCCAGCACACCACCAUUCAGCACACCCCGGUUCAGCAGGCGUCAGCUCAACAGUACCCCACGCAGUAUGCGCAGCCCUUCAACGGCUACCAGUAUCCGCCUGGCCCGCCGUCAGCCGGCCUCGACUCUCUCUACCACCAGGCUCGCAGACCCUCCAUCUACGCGGAUUCGCCUGGUGCGGACUCGGUCGACCACGGCUCGGCACCGUCGCUGGUCUCUGACCACGGAUCACCGUCUGUGCGUGGCUCGUCCUCGCACGCGUGGCCCUCACCUACGCUGGAGCUUCCGCCACUGCUCAACAUCAACGGCAGCGUGAGCAAGAGCAAUGCGCACUUGGCGAACUCGCCCCCAUCGACUCAGUUCGCACUGCCUGAUUAUGAUCGCCCCAGCUUUGAACGACCUAGCUCCGAACAGCCGACGUCCGCAUCGGUCUACAGCUACUCGACCCCAUCUCCUGAUCGAACUGAGGAGGACUUCGAAAACUCCCCGGCCAGAACACACCAGCUGACAGCUUCUGCCGAAGAGGCUGCACAGGCUGCUGAGGUCAUCAUGAACCUUCCCAAAGGCGAUGGGAAGAAGCGAGGCGGCCUGGGUGUGUCAGACCUGCUCAACUGA